CCUACAUGAGAGCGCACGUGCGUGUAUCGAGUGCCAGUGUGAACAACCCAAAAUCAAAACGAAGCGUCAGAGAAAGUAAGGGGCAGGUCUGAGCAGUAAACCAUGACGCUCUUAUGUCAUCCCACGACUCUGGCGCUCGCGUUCCGGGUGUCUACUCAACUACUCAUACUCACUGCAAUAGGUUCGUCUCUUGUAGUUGCGGCUGCGUCGACAACUACAUCACAUUCGCAGAGCACAAUCGCAGAUGCUGACGAGACCCACCCCCGUGGACAAUUCGAUGAACCGACGGGGAACUACGUCCAUGAUCACAGACAGCGAGCAAGCUCCACCCCCAAUGGUCGUGUAGCACCUUCCCAUGGCAGGACUCGCACACUAGGCACAGCUCCCGACGCUACACCAGCUUCCGACACAACACCCUCCUCUGCGCUCCAGCUCCAGUCGGAGGCCGGUGCCAAGACGAAGGAGGAGCUGACCAAGUUGGUGGACAAGCAGGACAAGGAAUUUCGCGACGGUUUGAAGAAAUCCAUUGACCUCGUGAAGGCCAGCGAGGAGGCCCGCGACGGGCUGGGCGCCGAGGUCGGACUGUACGUGCGGCUCGCCGACGUGCUUCGGACAGAGCUGCUGGAAUUUGUGUCCGAGGGAAGGCGAGACUUGUUCCGAAUGGAAGAAUCCUUGACACUGUUCUCCAAGCACAUCGAACGGCAUAUGGACCGGAAUUUUUACGAACCGCCAGCAAAUUACGGCGAGUUCUUCUUCCCUAGGUUCGGGGGAGACAGCUAGUUUUGAUGUGACGCAAGGCUGUAGUGCCUGUGCCUCCUCCUCCUGUCUGUGUUGGGGCAGAAUCUUUUCAGUAUUUCAUUAUCUGGAAGAGAACGACCUUGAUGCUUUUGCUCAUGCAGCUUGGAUUAUUCCGACUAGGUUUUCGCAACAAAUUUAUAUUUAAGUAACCUGCUCAUCGUUCUGUCAUCUCGGUGUUCAAAAGCAAAACAGUGAUAAGAUUCUUG